GGCUAGUGCGAGAAGCAAGUUGAGAUCGAUAGCCUUCUUGCAUUGAAAAGAUUCAGUACUGCCUGAUAUCCCUCACGAACUACUACUUUAUGCUACCCCUGUCAAGUCUUUCCAGCCGCAUACCUGUCGUGGAAGGUUGAGAUUCCAUCAACAGGCCUCGCUGCAUUAGCUCUAAGACUGUCCUUUGGGUGAUCUGCUCCUUUGUCAGAUCGACAAGCCUGCAUAGAGAUACCAUCCCUCGCUGCGCUUGUAGUAGGUUGGAAUCGAAGUUCAAGAAUAUUCGCGGUUCCCAUCAAGCUCUAACCCCCUUUGAUACCUCGGAAAUAUACUAUUAUACAAGAAGAUGGCUCGAAUCAAAGGCUACGACUAUGAACACCAGACACCUGCGAAGAACCGAGCGGCAGAACUAAAGACUCAACUGUUGAAGAAGACGGGUACGAAAGACUUGAAAGAUCUAGAUUACGAUGCUCAGACACCCCAAGUGAAAGCAACCCUUACGCGAAUCCGCAACUUGGAUUUCGGUAACGGAAAUUUCUCUGAAUACAUCUACAAGCCUGUUGUGCCUAAGCUACAGCCUGAGAUCAAGCAUGUUCAAGGAUGGAGAUACUUCAUCUGCUGCCAGUGCAACGGUGUCUGCUGGUUUCUUGACAACUCCCUCCAAAGCAUUGAGCAAUAUUCCAAGUGUGGUGACGGCAAAGACCUAGGCCUUGAUUACUGUGGACACUCUCGUUGCUCGGGGUGCUUGAUUGAAUCUAUUGAGGGCGAAUCGUGGCUUUCCCCAGGGCUUUCACAAGCUCAAGCAAUCACAUACUGCAAUUGGCAGAGGGGAACGACUUUGGGAUUGCCUCACCGCAGGCUAGAGGGGGAGAAUCGGAGUGAUAGCGAGCAAGCUGAGGGCAGCAAUGAAGACGUCGAUACCGACGAUCGGAUGAGUGCGUAGGUGCACACCCUGACGAUUGCAAGGACUGUACAACAGUCGCCGACAAGGAAGCUGUUUUUAUUGGCGUUAUGGGCUCAGCAGAACAUCUAGAGAGCAAAAAAUA